AUGCGGGUUCUUCCCCCUCCUAAUGUGACUGGAGCUCUACACAUUGGUCAUCCUUUAACUGCUGCUAUCCAGCUCAUGGAUAGGAUGUUUGAUGAAUUUGCAAAUCUCUGGAUGAAAAUGAAGAUUCAAGUUAGACAGAUAUUGGGACCAUUUAGACUAGUACAUAGGCAUAGGAGAAGGAGAAAGACAUUUGAUAGAAACAAUAAAGAUUGUUCUAAUGUAAGAUCACAAGUAGAAGAUAAAAGCAACAAUUGUGAAAACCAGAAAGGUGAAGAAUCUAUAAUAAGGUGUAGCUCUACUUCUUCGGUAGAAUCCAAUUCCAGUUCACUGAAUAUGUUGUCAGAUCGUGUUGCCAGACAAAGGGUUUCAGAUGAGAUUGAAGGGACUUCAGGAUGGAAGCUUUCCAACUGUCCUUGGAAUUUACAAGUAAUUGCAAGAUCUCCUAGAUCUCUUACACGUUUCAUGCCAGAUGAUAUUCCGGGUGUCACUUCUCCCAUGGUAUACAUUGGCAUGUUAUUCAGCUGGUUUGCAUGGCAUGUUGAAGAUCAUGAGCUUCACAACUUAAAUUUCCUCCACAUUGUCUCUCCCAAGACCUGGUAUGCAGUCCCUGGGGAUUAUGCAUUUACUUUUGAGGAAGUAAUCCGUUCAAAGGCUUAUGGUGGAGGUGUAGAUCGGUCAGUUUCUCUAACACUCUUGGGCGAAAAGACUAUCCUUCUGUUUCAUGCUUGCAGGUUAGUACAGAACCCUGGUGAAUUUGUAGUGACCUUUCCAAGGGCUUACCACAUAGGAUUCAGCCAUGGUUUCAACUGUGGGGAAGCUGCUAACUUUGGAACCCCAAAGUGGCUUUCAGUAGCUAAAGAGGCUGCAGUGCGCAGAGCUGCCAUGAAUUUUCUUCCUAUGCUUUCACAUCAACAGUUGCUUUACCUACUUACCAUGACAUUCAUUCCAAGGCGAGCUAGAAAUCUUUCUAAGGUGCCUAGGUCCUUGUUACCAGGGAUACGAAGCUCUCGUUUAAAAGAUCGUCAGAAAGAAGAACGUGAGUUGUUGGUGAAGACGGAAUUCAUUGAAUAUAUCCUCAAAGAAAACAAACUGUUGACUUGUAUUCUUAAUAGAUCUUCCUCUUAUCAUGCAGUCGUAUGGGAUCUUGAAUCCCUCUCACCAUCUGUCAUUAAUAAUAGUACAAUCAUCAAUCCACAAACUGAAAACUUUCAUGUUGAAAAAGACAACGAAAAACUUGUUCAUGUAGAGGAUGAGGACAUGUCGAGUCAUUUUCAAAUUGAUUCAGGGACAUUACCUAGAAUAUUCUGUUUAGAGCAUGCAAGCAAAGUUGAAGAGCUGUUGGACUCCAUAGGUGGAGCAAAACUGCUUAUAAUAUGCCAUUCAGUUCAUGGGGCCAUGGCAGGGUUUUCUAGUUUUACAGUUGGACCUUUCAAUAGCAGACAUGUAUAUAUUCCAAUACAGGCUUUGUCAGCCUUGCAGUUCUUACUUAACAGGGUCCGGAACCUUCAAGAAACUGUUUCAAAGCUGGAUUUGAUACUAAUGUUGGCCAGAGGAUGGAUGGAAUGGAUAUCAAUUAGUGUCAAGAUAUUUUCACUACCCGAUUUAAAUCUCAUCACUGAAGAACAUCUAGGUGGCGAAAUAAUACCACGUUCUGUUCUUCUUUGUGCCUUUGAAGGGUUGUUGUGUGCACUUGGGGAUGGACAUCUUUUGAACUUUUUACUCAACACAAGCACAUGGGAAUUAACAGACAGGAAAAAGGUGUCACUUAGGAAAGAAUUAAGAAUGUUGUCACAGGCUGCAAGAGAUGCUGGAGCCCUUAGAGAAGGUAAGGACAAACUGGAGAAGUGA